GUUCCAAUUCCAUCGCGCUCCAGGCCAGCUUUGGACGGAGGAGUUUGAAACAUCGGCUCGAAUGCUACCUGCCGAAGACCCCGCCAAGCAGUGCAGGCUCGGACCGCACCUCAUUGCUGCGAUGGUCCUCGCAGACCAAUGCUCAGUUGGGACCGGCU